AUGGAAAUCCACAGAAAUGUCUCCGAAUUUAUCCUUCUAGGAUUUUCUUAUGACUACCACAUACAAAUAUUUUGCUUUGUGCUAUUCUCAAUCUGUUAUGCUGCUCUGUUGGGAGGAAACCUCCUCAUCAUUAUCUCCAUUCACUGUAGCCCUCUUUAUCACCAACCCAUGUACUAUUUCCUCAUCUACUUAUCCUCAAUAGACAUCUGCUAUACUUCUACUGUGACACCCAAAUUAAUCGCUGACCUGCUAGUGGAAAGAAAAAUAAUUUCCUAUGGUAACUGCAUGUUACAGAUUUUAACCUUGCACUUUUUUGGAGGAACUGAGGUCUUCAUUCUUACUGCCAUGGCUUAUGACCGCUAUGUUGCUAUCUGCAAACCCCUUCAAUACAUGCUCAUCAUGAACAGGACAAAGUGUAAUCUUCUACUUUUAGCUGCCUGGGUUGGUGGGGUUAUUCAUGCCUUUCCUCUUUUUGGUGUUGUCAUAAGUUCACCCUUCUGUGGUCCUAAUGAAAUCGAUCAUUAUUUCUGUGAUUUCUUCCCUUUGCUUAAAAUUGCAUGCAUUGAUUCUUACAUGACUGGUGUCCUUGUACUUGCCUUUUCAGAUACACAAGCUUUAUUUCCCUUGGUUGUCUUAUUUUAUUCUUAUGGGUCUAUAUUAUACACUUUAAGAAAUCAGUCAGCUGAAGGGAGACGCAAAGCCCUCGCUACUUGUGGGUCUCACAUUACUGUGGUCAUUCUAUAUUUUGGACCUGCAAUGUUUAUCUACUUUAGACCUCCUACUACUUUCCCUGAGGACAAAAUAUUUGCUCUCUUUUACACUAUUGUGGCUCCUAUGUUCAAUCCCUUAAUUUACACUCUGAGAAAUACAGAGAUGAAAAAAACAUUGAGAAAAGUUUGGUGUCAAACAUUGCUUCUCAAGGGGGUACAUAAUUAA